AGCUGAACACGGUAAACAUGAAGCGUUUUUCAACGUUUUGACAACCGAAACACUUCGUGUUUUUUUUCACCGGGCCACCAUUGACAGUUGUUUGUUUUGCUUUUGUUGGUGCACAAGUUACAGCAUAGCGGUCCGCUGCGAGGCAAUCUUUCGUCAAUAAACACACUACUACACCGUGCAAACACGAUGGCUGCCUGGAGAACUGCCGGACUUAACUACAUCAACUAUUCCAACAUUGCCGCACGUUUGCUGCGUAAGGCACUGAAGCCGGAACUGAGAGUGCAAGCCGCUCGCCGAGAUGAUUCGCACAUCAAAUUCACCAAAUGGCAGGGUGGCAAGCCGGAAAACGAAAAAUAAGUUAUCUGCCCAGUUCUAGCUUUAGUUAUUCUUCAGGUGAUAACUGAAUAAACUGAAGGAAGCACCAUAAAUGAGUAAAUACAUGCUGGAAAGAAGUCAUAUAAAACUGGUAGUAUAAAAAUAAAUUAUGUGAAUUCUGGCACCACCCUGCUGAACCACAGUCAAA